CCGCUGGCCAAGAGGGCGGCCGCGCUGGCCUUCCCGCCGCUCGGCCUGACCGCCUCCCCCGCCGCGGCCAGCCUGCUCGGGGAGAGCCCCAGCCUGCCGUCGCCUCCCAACCGGAGUUCAUCGUCCGGCGAGGGGACGUGCGCCGUGUGCGGAGACAACGCCGCGUGUCAGCACUACGGUGUGCGCACCUGCGAGGGCUGCAAGGGCUUCUUUAAGAGAACGGUGCAGAAAAAUGCAAAAUAUGUUUGCCUGGCAAAUAAAAACUGCCCAGUCGACAAGAGACGUCGAAACCGAUGUCAGUACUGCCGAUUUGAAAAGUGUCUCAGUGUGGGAAUGGUUAAAGAAGUUGUCCGGACCGAUAGUUUAAAAGGGAGACGAGGUCGGCUGCCUUCCAAACCAAAGAGCCCGUUGCAGCAGGAACCUUCUCAGCCCUCUCCGCCUUCUCCUCCGAUCUGUAUGAUGAAUGCCCUUGUCCGAGCUCUAACAGACUCAACAACCAGAGAUCUUGAUUAUUCCAGAUACUGUUCCACGGACCAGGCCGCUGCAGGCACGGACGCUGAGCACGUGCAGCAGUUCUACAACCUUCUGACUGCUUCCAUUGACGUCUCCAGAAGCUGGGCAGAGAAGAUCCCAGGAUUUACUGAUCUCCCCAAAGAAGAUCAGACGUUACUUGUAGAAUCAGCCUUUUUGGAGCUGUUUGUUCUUAGGCUUUCCAUCAGGUCGAACACCGCUGAAGAUAAGUUUGUGUUCUGCAAUGGACUUGUCCUACAUCGACUCCAGUGCCUUCGUGGAUUUGGGGAGUGGCUCGACUCCAUUAAAGACUUUUCCUUCAAUUUGAAGAGCCUGAACCUUGAUAUCCAAGCCUUAGCCUGCCUGUCAGCACUGAGCAUGGUCACAGAACGACAUGGGUUAAAAGAACCAAAGAGAGUGGAGGAGCUAUGCAACAAGAUCACAAGCAGCUUAAAAGACCACCAGACUAAGGGACAGGCCCUGGAGCCCACCGAGCCCAAGGUCCUGCGUGCCCUGGUCGAACUGCGCAAGAUCUGCACCCUGGGUCUCCAGCGCAUCUUCUACCUGAAGCUGGAAGACCUGGUGCCUCCACCGUCUGUCAUCGACAAGCUCUUCCUGGACACUCUGCCUUUCUGAGCAGAAACCACAGGAGCAGGGAACCGCCUCGUGUGCUGGAACCUGCUCACCGUGCAGGGGCGGGAUAGGUCUGGACACGUAUCAUGUCUGUCCUUCCUUAAGAGAAGAUACAGCUCCUGGAGGAAACCAAGACGUUUUUCUGCCCUUCUGGCGCUCUUCCUUACAACCUAAAGCCAGAAAGCUGCAGAGUAUUGUGUUGGGGUUGUGUUUUAUAUUUAGGCUUUGGGCGGAGGGUGAGGAGGGGGGGGAAUAGUUCAUGAAGGUUUUCUAAGAAAUGGCUAACAAAGCACUUUUGGAUGAUGCUAUCCCAGCAGGGGGUGGGGGGAGAGCAAAAGGAUAAUAUAACUGUUUUAAAAACCCUUUUCUGGGGACUAUAAUUAAGAGUCGCUUUGUACUUACAACAAGAACAGCCAAGGGUUGGUGUGUCUUGAGAUUGAUCCCUGUAGUCUAUCCUUCUUGUAUCAAGGGCACGUAUGUGGUGCAAACAAGGCAGGAAUUCCCGUUUCUAAAUUUUUUUCCAUAUUUUAUUUUAACAAAUGGUUAAAAAAAAAAAAAAGAGGGAUUACCUACGAGUCCGACGUAGCAAAACAAUUAUGGCUGUUCCCUUCCAUAUCCAAGUGCAAUUUUUAAAGUGCUGUCUUACUAGGUCUUGUUUAUUAACUCUCCUUUAUUUUAUAUGUAAAUACAAAGGAGGCAGGCAUGUUAGCAAAUGACACGUGCUAAUUUUUCUAGCAGAGGCUUUGUCCCCCUGCCCUUCUAGACCUCUUCUGAGGAAUGGUCCAGUCAAGACGUUUAAGCCAAUCUUGAUGGAACCAGAUCCCUGCCCUGACUGACCAGCUGUCCGGAGGGGGGACUCUGAUGGAUAAGAUGGGUUGUGCACAACUGUUUGGGUUGCAUUUUGUCAACCUCACCAGAGUUCCCUAAGCUGGAUCUAGUUAUGCCGACUGGCUGACUCACACAUUCAGAAGCUGCCGGAGCAUUCAGUGGGUCAGGCAAAUAUUUGAUCCCUAGAUGAGAGCAUGCAGAAAAGUAGAAACUGGAUCAUCAGGGUAAACAUCAGGGAUUGUAAGGUUUUAUAUAUAUAUACAUAUAUAUAUAAAUUUUAAUUUUUUUCUAUCAGUUAAAGACAAAAAUUUUGGAGAAAAAGUCUUAUUUAAAAAAAUGUGACUACUAGAGAGGAGUAGUGGGCUGCGUUUCAACAUUCCGUGUUCGUAUUCCCUUUUGUAUGUUUAUACUGUUAAUGCCAUAUUAUUAUGAGAUGAUUUGUUGCAUAGUGUCCUUAUUUGUAUAAACAUUUGUAUGCACGGUAUCUAGUGAUAGCUUUGCCUGUAUUUAUUGCAAGACCACCAGCUCCUGAAAGCUGAGUUACAGAGUACUUACAUGGGAUGUUCACAGCAACUUGGAAACACCAAGUAGAAAAAUUUUAAAUAUAUAUAUAUAUAUACACACACACAUAUAUAUGUAUGUAUAUGUGUAUAUAUAUACAUAUAUAUAGCAGGUUACAUAUAUAUUUAUAAUGUGUCUUUUUAUCAACCCUUUGUACAAUAGAUGUCACUUCCCGUGCAGUUAUUUUAUGGUUCAUUUGCAGUGACUUUUAAGGCAGUACUGUUUAGCACUUUGAUAUUAAAAUUUUGCUUAUGUUUUGCUAAAUUCAAAUAAUGUUUGAAGAUUUUGCGGUCUAAAAAUCUUUAUAUUAUAUACUCUGUAUCAAAUCAGACUAUCUUUGGUCAGUUUUGCUAAGAAACAGACUUUGAAUGUCAGACUAAUGUCACAGUAGCUUUUGUUAGCUUUAAAUCAUUUUUGCUUUAGUUUUUUUAAAGAAAGAAUAACAAGACUAUGCUGUUUAUAUUAUCAUUAAAUUAUACAAUCAAACAAAUGCCAAAUGAAUUGCCUAAUUGCUGCAGAGGAUAACCCAGAUAGGGAAUCAUAGAUGUUUUGCUUUUUUUCUCCAGUCAUUCUGAUAUUUGAUCAUGUAUUAUGUUUGUGUGAGCUUUUACAAAAGAGUGUUAUUUUUUUAUAUUAAGAAGUGGGUUUGUUGGGAUCUUGGAAUGGUAGGCUUGGAAGGAGCCUGGCUUGUCAAUUAGUCUAACCCCUCAGAUUCAUAGAGAAAAGAACUGGAGCCCAGCAAAGGGCAAGGGCACACCCAAGGUCAAAGCGGAGAACUACUUCCCCUUCCACUGGUCAUUCUACUCAACGACUCUGCAUUAUAGGAAAACAGGCUUUUACGUAUAACCGCUGACAUUUACAUGAUACCUGAAGAUAACCAUGAGAAACAUAGUACUUUUGCAUUAACUUUUUGAGCUUAUAUGCAAACAUAAAAAGCAUUAUUAAAUAUCAGGAAAGCUAACGUUUCAUACAAGGUAGCUCCAGACCAAAUUCAAAUUGAAUUUGAAUAAAUUAGAACGUUCGUGCAUACAUAACCCUCCCAUGCACCAUGGUCCUCGUUUUUGUCGUGUUUGUAAAGGAAAAACAAAAACAGCCCUAGAGAAGUGCUGUCACUUUUCGCUUUUACAUCCAUUCGAUUUAAGGAAAAGACGUUUUAGCCGUGGUGUCUGUUGGUUGGAAGGAGUCAAGACCGUUGUUUGUUUGGGUUUGGGGUUUUCUUCAGUUGUAGUUCAGACACUGGAGCUGAACAGGACCACGAUAGCCAGCGUGCUUCCACCUUCUGUAGUGAGCUCAACUAGGCGAGCCUACCGAGUCGUCCAUCAGUUCCACUCGCCUGCGUUUUGUCUUAACGCUGACACACACGUUGUUUCAGAACGGACAACCACACUAGCUCGGCAGAGAACCAGAAAGAAAGCAGGUGAUCUCCCCGGGCAGGCGAGCUCUCUCCGUGGGAACGUACCUUCUGCGGGCGGAAACCAGAAUCCAGCAGUGGCUGGUGGAGAGCGCCUUGCUUUAUUUCAGACAGCAGAGGGUUCCCAAGUUCAUUGUUCCUCUAACGGCCUUGCUCUUUAGUGUGUGUUAACCUGUGGUUUGAAAGAGAUGCUCUUGUACAUUGACCAUGUAAAUUUACAUGAUUAAAUUAAAUGACAUUUUA